AUGAUGGCCGGCGAUGGCGGAUUCGGCUCCUGGUGGUGUCUCGAUGAGGCACCGGGCCGACAGCUGCCAGUGGAGAGGACUUGGAUCGUGCGCCAUCUCAACCCGCUGCGGGAGCAAAGAGAUCGAUCCUGUGACUUUGAGGUGCGACCACGGGCUACUCCUCGAAGUAGUGUUGCAAGCUUCAACGACUGGGGUCCUCCCGACUUGGCUGGCCACAUGGAGCUGGUCCAGGGUCCGCUCCCUCUGUCUUGCGGCAUGCGAGGGCAGCCGGUUCACUGCAUCAACCCAGCCACCGGGACAGACAACUCGGUGAAGCAUGUGAAGGAGGUGAUCAGGGAAGAGAAGGCGCGGCGCGAGCGGCGUGCCCGCGGAGAGCCUGAGACUCCGACGGUGACGGAGGAGGAGGAGGAGCAGGAGGAGGAAGAGGAUCCGGAGGCAAGCGCUGCCCCGGAGGACGCUCUGCCAGAAGCUCCGGGAGAUGCACGGGAGGCCCAGACCUCUCCUGCCCGGAAACAGAGCCUCCUCGAGCAGCUCCUGCAGCAGCAGGUCCUCAAUGAGUCAUCUCUUCGCCGCUUCCUCCCGCAGCAGACGCUUUGCCCGACGACGGCUCUCAGGGAUUUGAACAGCCGGCCCCCUGCUGCUGAGCGGCCGGCUUCUGCUGGGGGCCACUGCGCCGGUUGUGGGGGGCUGCACGUGGUCAGGGAGGAGUUCCCGGAGAAUUUCCCCAGAACUGCCUGUACUGCGGCUAGGAGUCGAAGGAAGAGCGAGCCGGUACCCAAGGUUGCGAACGUGGGUGUCAAGGUGAAGCUCGACAGGCUGGUUGCCAACCGGGCCGCCACCCGUGCCGCCCGUGCUGCUAGCAGCCAGUCCUGCCUCCAUGCUGCUUCCAGGGCACCGGCAAAAUCGGGGUAUCAGAUCGUGGAGAGCGUGAUGUCCUCCCGCUUUUCUGAGCCUUGCGCAACUGAAGAGGAGUCGAUGGUUCGACACUGCAUGUGGUGUGGGCAUCCUGUCCCCUUGUGGAGGUCGCCUGAGACGGACGGCACGGUCGAUUGUCCCAACUGCGGUCGCAGGUUUGAUCUGCGCAAAGCAAAAACCACCCCUCUGGGUGGGCCGUGGUAG